AUGAUAGACUAUGAAGGAUCGCAAGAUCAGUUGGUUUUCUGUUUGAAAGAGCCAAACUCCUGUUUGGCAAGAACUCAUGCAAUCAGAAUCUCCACCAAGGCUAGGCAAAACAAAGACAGGGACUUUGAGAUCAAGGGAUAUUUUCCUGAUAAAGAUUGUAGCAUUGUUGACUCAAGAGGCAACACAAUGGCACAGAUAGGGGUGAAGAAGGAGUUGAUGGCAAGCAAGGAUCUCUACCAUGUUGUGGUGACACCAGGCAUGGAUAACGCUUUUGUUAUUGGGGUCAUUACCAUUCUUGAUUACAUAUAUGGAGAAUCCACUAGGUGCUAGUAAUUCAGAUAUUCAAGAGAAGCUUUCCUUGAUGUCACAUCAAAACAUGACAUCUGCACAAAUCAAUUUUCUGCAAUUUGGAUGCUGCUAAUGCUCUGUUUUGAUCUCCCCCUCUCUCUCUCUCUCUUUUCAUUUUUCUCGGAUUGUGUUUUAGUUGUGUCCUAAAAGUCAAAUUUCCAGAUCAACUUCAGACUUAUAUAUGCUUUGGGCUCUGGCCAAUUGCGACGGAUGUUCCAAAUUUCCUAAUUUUUUGUAUUUUUCCAAUCCUGGUUAUGGUUACAGGUUUCUAGACUUAUAUAUAUUAUAAUUUUGGAUUGAUUUGACGAUUA